AUUUCCCUUCCUAUCAUCGUUGAGCAUCGGCAAGAGGUGCCAACACUGUGCUUUGGAGCCUCUUUAUAUAAACCGGGGAUUGUCCUGAGAGGGCUUACGUCGCUUUAGAUCUCGUCUAUCUCAGUAAUCUCCCAGUUUUUGUUGUUUGGUACCGAUGUCUUCAAGCUCCUCUCACGACCACUCUGCUAUGAUGGCCUCAAUGGCCAUGGAGAGCAGCGCCAGUGUUACGUCAAUGGUUAUGUCUGCCACCAGUGCGAUGGUGAGUUCCAUGGCGAGCUCAAUGGCGUCCUCGAUGAGCAUGGACAUGGAUAUGGAUAUGUCCUCAAGCACCAGCUCAAUGGCCAGCGACCAUAUGAACCAUGCUAGUUCGUCCAGCACCAUGGAUAUGGCUUCCUCAACGUCUUCCUCGAUGGACAUGGACCAUGGCUCGAUGGACAUGUCCAUGAACAGUUACAUGACAACCAACUACGACAGCUACCCAGUGGUGUUCAAGACACUGACAGCUUCAAGCGGUGGUGCUGCCUUUGGUAUCUUUUGCGUGCUCUUCUUCUCUGCCUUCUUCUACAGAGGAUUGGCCUUCUUGGCUGCCUAUUUGGAACAAAGAGUGUUCAAGACUGAAGUUCCAUGCCAGAAUAACGACGAUACAGACACAGAGGCCAAGUGCUGUGACGUUGAUGUCCCAGUGUCCAAUAACCCAGAGAUUGCAAACUCAGAAAAGGACAGAUCAGUAUUGGCCAAGUUCUUCCAUUUCACACCACAAUCACUGUACAGAGACUUUAUCAGAUUGAUCAUAACGUUUGUAUCGGCAAUGUUUGGUUAUGCGCUUAUGCUUGCAGUCAUGUCCUUUGUCAUCACCUACUUCUUUGCGGUGGUACUGGGCAUGGCUUUUGGUGAGAUCUUCUUCUUGAGACUGGCUACUGUAAUGGGGAUCAGACACACCGGUAUGUUCUGCUCGUCUUUACAUUGAGAUGUAUAUAGAAACCUACAUCGAUCUUCGAUAUCGAUAAAGCUGACAUUCUCGACCCGUUCCUUUGUUGUUUUGCUCUUGUGAUUUGUCUUUCAAUACAUGAUAAUGACUAUAUCUUUGUUAAUUGAGUAAGCUUAAAUAGAGCGAAUAUGGAUCACUUCUUGUUACCUUUGCCUUUACCUUUAGCCUUUGGCUCGGCUUCUUCAACUGUUUCCGGCUCAGGUGUCUCGAUGACUUCCGGUUUAUCAGCUUCUUCUUCGUCGUCGUCAUCCUCUUCUUCUUCUUCCUCAACAUCGAUUGGAAUACUCUCCAAUUCUUUAACAAGAUUCUCCAAUUCAGACACAGAGGCCUUAUGGUACUCCAAUUGAAUCUUUGUAAAGAUAAUUAUCAAAUUUACGCUUU